AACUACGGGCUUUUAACUUUCUUUUUGACCAUUUCAUAUUCAAUGAUAAUGUUUACAAAACUUGUCCCAGUUAUUAUAACGCAUUACCCUGAUAAUGCUUGAGAAACAACCACCGUUUACCCAAUGUUGGUCAAAUUUCCGGUCCCUGUUGUAAAACAAAGAACUUUAUGCCUUCCGAAGUUCCCCUUGCUUGCAGUCUCUGUUGGGAUGGGAAUGUAUUAUUGCGCUCUCCGAACUCUCUUGCCAAGAGCAACAAAAACACAUCAGGCAGAGCGGAGAGUUGUUGUGUUGUGCUUAAAAGUGAUUCGGAUGCAUGCUUGUCGGUGAUGUUGGCACAGGCGGACCAAGUGUACAUAUUGAACAUUUUACUAACAGGGCGGAUAAGUAGUAAAAGUCGGAGUUGUAGAGCACAAAAAGUUGUGGGUGUUAACUGACUCAAAGGCACUGAUGUCUCCGUUCACAGUGUGUGCGAUCAAGCUUCCCGUCUGCCACCUGAAUGGGUGCAAAGUAUGUUGCCAAGGUUCGCGCACCCAAACGAUGAGCCUGACUUGCCCGAAUUGCGUCUGAACUAUGAACACAAUCGUUUAUCUAGAGCAAAGUUAGUGUUUAGUUGCAAGUCCUUUGGGUGUUUUUUUGUGAAUCUUACGAAAAAAGGCGUGCGCCAUGGUGUUCAAACUUGGACCUCCUUGAUCUUUAGUAAAGUGUUAUUGUUCAUGGGAGACGGAUGAUUGGUGGUCAUCGUAGGAGAACGUUCAUGGCGUAAAACCUCCAAGCUGUCAGCUGACUGCCAAUCCUGCCUGAGUGCAACAAAGCAGGAUCUUAAAAACUCGGAAAAUACAUGGAAUAAGGGAAUAGGGUGAUUCAUUCGCAGUGGAUGUUGAUAACCAUUCCAUUUCUGAGCCAUCCUCUUCCUGGACCAUGUCCAAAAUUGUGAACACAUUUUCGUGCAUCAUGUGGAACUUGGUCUUACUUUCGUCCUUGACCUGGAUCCCAUCCCAAGCUAUAUCAUACAAUCAUCUGGAUUUGCUCAAUAUCUGCCCAAAGAAUGGCGGAAAGAAAGAGGUUCGCAUGGGUGAACGUCCGGCAAUAUUAUCGCUGGUGGCCAACUCGUUUCCCUUUGAUUGUCAUUUGGAAUUGGAGGUGUCAAAUGGCCUUGGUAUUCAUUUGUUCAUCGAGGAGAUGAACCUUUUGGGGGAUGAGUCUCAUGAUUGCCCUGAGGAUUACAUUCAAUUUAAAAGAGAUGUCUUGGCAUUUACAACCCACCGGAGUCCAAGGUUCUGCGGAAAGCGCGUCAAGGAAAACCACUCAACGCCCAUAGAGGGCAUGUCGCCUCAUUCCCGAGGAGGAUCUGCCCAAAGAUUGUACAUCGAGGAGCACGACUUCGAAAUGGAUUUUUUGGUUCAUCUCUCGCAAGCUUCGAACAUUCGUCGCAACCUCACAGUGGUGGUAACACCAUUUAGGAAAGGCUGUCGACCCAAUCAUAGCACCUACAAGCAAUGCAGCCAUACCUCGCACUGCAUCCACCGAGACUUGUUUUGUGACUCACAGCCUAAUUGUGCGUGGCCUUCGGGCAAUGUGUCCGAUGAAAAGUUUUGUGUGGAGAUAUCCGAAAGCUUCUUUGACUUGUCCAAUCUCCCUGUAAUCAUCGUGGUUGUUUUGGUGAUUGGGUUCAUCUUGGUCAUAUUUCUCCUGGCCAUUUGCCACGUCAAUGAGUGCUCCAAACGCAGAGGAGAACCCGCAGUGCCACUCCUGUCUCUAACCCAGGCUCAACCGCCACCUCAGGUACACCCCGACUUAAGACAUGGGAACCAAAGGGGACCCGCCUCUGCCCCACCGGAAUCUUCACGAAACUCGACAGUUGCUCCUUUUGUGACUGACUUUGGACCCAAGGCUUCAACCCGGGAAGGUCAGCCCCUAACACCACCCAGUUAUGAAGAUGCAAUCCUGCAUCCAAAUCGCUACCCGCCACCUUAUUCAUUGAACUAGCCCACGCGGAAACAUUUCUGUUUGUCAGAAUUAAAAACAGUGCUUGACAUGUAUCAGAUUCACGUACAUACCAUAUGUAAAAUGACCUUAAAAAUCCAACAAAUUAUGAUAUUCAAAUAUAUGAAAUAUCGCCGAUGAGCGACCCCCAA